UCAGUGACAGUGGAUCAUCUAUACACCUUCACCAUAAGCACAAUAAUAUUCGGACGCAAAUCAUCAGGACGUACGAAAAUCAGAAAGCAAAGUUUUGAGUACACACAAGUACAUCAUGUGCAAUAGUUGUUGCGAUUAGCACUUCAUACAAACAUCAAUCGUCCACAAUCCGACCGUCGAUCGACACACAAACACAUCGGUUCUACGUCGCGUCGCAAAGGGAAAGUGUUGCGAUGGCCAACACUGCACCACUGGUAAUGCGUUUGGUCGGUAGCUCGAUUAAGAUUGCACAUCGAGCCGGUAACAUUAUUCGUGAUGUGAUGUGUCGUGGUGAUCUGGGGAUUGUCGAGAAAGGAAAAGAUGAUCUUCAGACCGAAGCUGACCGUUCGGCGCAGCGCUGUAUUGUAGCAUCGCUGUCCAAACUCUUCCCGAAUGUUACCAUCAUAGGCGAAGAAGGAGCGAGUGAUCUAAAUGUGCCCGAUGAUUGGUUGAUCACUGAAAGCAAUACUGAAUUUUUGGAAAAACAUAAAUGUCCAGAAACUUUCGCUGAUCUGAAGGAAUCGGACGUGGUGAUUUGGGUCGAUCCAUUAGAUGGAACCAGCGAGUACACACAGGGAUUUCUAGAACGUGUUACCGUGCUGAUUGGCAUCGCGAUCAACGAUAGAGCGGUCGGUGGUGUGAUACAUCAACCUUAUUACAAGGCCGAAUCAGGUGAUGUUGGUCGCACCAUUUGGGGUUUGAAAGGAUGCGGCACGGGCGGCAUUCUACCGGUGAAACCUCCAUCGGAUCGCUUUUUGGUGACAACCACUCGUUCACAUUCCACUGGUAUCGUCCAAUCCGCAUUGGAUGCACUAGCACCUGAUGAAGUAUUGCGCGUUGGCGGAGCCGGUUAUAAGGUACUGCAGCUGCUCGAAGGCAAGGCUCAUGCAUACGUAUUCGCGAGUGCGGGCUGUAAGAAAUGGGACACCUGUGCGCCAGAAGCUGUGCUGGAAGCGAACGGUGGCACACUUACAGAUAUGCUGGGGCGUCACUACCGGUAUGGUAAGGAUGUAAGUUUUCCUAACAGCAGUGGUGUUUUGGGAACCGUUUCCGGAGUGUCGCAUGACGACAUUCUUUCUAAAAUUCCCGCUACCGUAAAGCAGGCUAUGGAUCAAGCUUAGACUUGUUCAC